GUCUUGCCAGUUGAUCUCAGCUACGAAAUAAGGGGCUAGCUAUUAUUGGUGGAUACGCGUUCGCUGUUAUGCAGUUGAGCUGAUGUCCAUACAAUUUAAUAUGAAAUCUAUCAACACAUGGCCAUUGAGCAGCGCUUCGGCAACUCAUGGGGACCACCCACCUGUCUGGUUGCCUCGUUCUUGGGAAGCUUACUGGAGAGUAUGCUGUUCCCGAACUUGGAGCAAUGUCAGCCGCACAUCGCGUGUCAAAGUUGCUCCAACAUCAAAGAAUGCAGCACACAGACAGGGAUCAGGGUGGUCAACGUGUACUGAGGUCGAGUCGGGCCCACUUAGGAUGCUGCGCGUAAUUAGAGGGAGGACAGUUGGUACAAUUUGGAACACACAUAAACAAUAUAUGAACCGUAUGUUGAAUUGGACGGUGCGGAAGGUUGUUCGGUCAACUCCCUCCAGCCGCUCUCCCGACUGGGUUGGCUUCAUGUUUAGGCAGAGUCCUCCUCUCAUCAAUGUAAUGCCUUGUGCUCUUAUCCUUCUCUCAUGAUCUAAGCCAUGGGGGUUAACUGCGUAUGGGGGUCUAUUCCUCUCCUGUCAUUGACGUAAACUCGCCAAGGGAAAUAACUUGAGGUGGUCAAUGACGUAUAGAUAGGUGGUGUGUCAUUUCACCAUAUCUCCAUCCAUAUAUGGCUAAAGUGAACCUGACACGGACGGAGAAGGACAAGUUGCCGGUGCUUUAGUGUCUUUCAAGGGCUCGACAGACGAGAUGAUGGGAGGCUCCGUCCUUCAUCGAGCCGCUGCGGUACGAGGAUAGUAGCCCUGCUCUGUGCUCUAACCGACAGUAUAGCG